AUGCAGAACCAUCAUCAAGAUGAACAUUUUGACGACAAUAAAUACCAUUUCCCGCCCAAUACGCUGACAUCCAAACAGUCUCAACCAUGGCUUGAGGUAGCCCCAGUACGAGACGAGCAAGGCACACCGGGAUUGCAACCUAUAUCACACGAUGGACACAAGUAUGCCGACGUUACUGCUCUGGGAGGAAUGCGAGAUGCGACGGCGCCAUAUAGAACACAAGGAUCAGCACACGCCGAUGAAAUUACCUCGCAAGGGUUGCAGGCCGUCCCUACGAUCGCAACAGAACGAUACAUGACGCAAUCACAAUCGCAACCGCAGUUUCAAUGGUCCGGCCCAAAUGCGAGUCACAACUAUGGGCAAUCGUUCCAGACCUUGCCAUCAUCACAUGUUUCAGGCUUUUCUAGUGAAAAUCUGAUGCAUAAUCCUCAGCUAGCCUCGUCGAGUGCUGAACAUCAAUAUCUCAGUCCUUAUGCUGCAGCCGGCGCGGGUUCGUCGUGGGUAAAGGAUGAAGGUCAAAUUUUGGGUAAUGGUAAAGAGGUGAAGGUGAAACGUUGGGUAUUAUGGACUAUAGUUGGCGCCGUAGUGUUACUACUUGGGAUCGGCGCGACUUUGGGCGGUAUUAUAGGAAGCCAGGCACAUUGGAGCGUCAAUUACGACGGAAUGGACUCGAAUAUAACUUCCAACGGUACAUCAUCCAAUCCUCCGAAGUCGACGCCAACACAAUCUAUCAAAGUCGGUUCCAGGUUAGCUGUGACAGGGUAUAGGACCGAUGCGGAUUACGGAAUUCGUCUUUUCUUUCAAGACGAAGAUAAUCAAAUACGAUUUACAGAUAAGGAGCACGUCAGUGCCAAUUGGACCAAGACGACGGUUUUGGACAUACUAUUAUAUCAACCAAUGGAAAAUGGAUCGAUAGCCGCGGGGUCGUAUUUGUUUGCCGACCCGGUGCCAAAUCUUGAGUUUUUCUAUGAGGAUAAAGAUGGUAUAAUUCGGGGUCAGAACUUCAAUUUCGAGUUUGAAAACGGGAAAUUUCCUCUCAAAGGUGAACCCGGAAGUAUCAAUACGUAUCCUCUACAGACGGCUGGAAAAGCUCGAAUAUCAUGUUAUUUCCCUUUUAUUGCUUCCCAGGACGCCAACAACGCUAUACGGUGGACUACGUUGCUAGGACAAAAUGCUAGUGACCUCUCAGCCCCGUGGUGGGUUAAUGAUACGAAUUGGAACAUUAAAGCAUCUAAAGGGGGUGGUAUGGUUGUGCUUCCAAUCGCACAGACAUAUCAAAACGCCGGAGGCAUAAUCUACCGAAGUAAUGAGGGUAUGCUAUCACUCAAAAUCCGUGAUGGAUUAGAGUCUUCUAAUGACGGGGUGGCUUGGAGAAAAGGGGCUCUGUCGAAGAAGAUCCCAGCCGACACCUCUAUCGGCGCCUUUUCCGUUGGACGACCUUACGACAACAAUAAUCAAGUUAAUACGUAUAUAUUAUAUCAGGAGGAAGAUGGUACGAUACAAGUCGUAUGGCAAGACGACGAUACAGGUUGGAAAGGACCUCAAACUUACGACGCGUUAGAUGGAGCUGAGAAAGGAGCUGACAUUGUUUGCCUGACUCCUGGGGCCUACGAACCUGGAAAUAUUGGCAUAUCUAGAGAACAGGAUAUGAACCGGUGCUUUUUCCAAGUAGGCGGCGGGAAGGUUAAAGAAGUAUGGUUUGACGGCACUAACUGGGUUUCAGUGGGAAUCGUGCCGAUUACGUAG